GUAGGAUGACUUCGCACGGUUAACUUUCAGCCAUCUAGAGGAAGUGUUCGAAGUCUUCACCCACACAAGGAGGAUAAGGUGAGUUCAAAGUGAGGAGACUUAUCAAAUGUCUUUGAUCGCGUAAUGAGAUUUACGUGAUCAUAUUCGACUAUGGAAGUUCAAUCUAGCCAUCUGCAACCUGAACUUGCAUCUUCAUGCUCCUUCACGAACCAUAACGCGAUCUUACUGCUGUUCAGUCCUUUGGAUCGUUACAUAGGCUCUUUGCAGCGUGGGACAGUUAGAUCUUUCUACUUGGAGACGCAUAUUUGGCGUCCGCAGGAGUCGCCACCUUUCGCGGAAGGUCAAAGCAUUGUUAACCGAGUGAUUCCUUUGUCUUCAACAGGAACGUGUCUUUCACCUAGAUCUCGCAUAAAGUCUGGUGCACGACCAAUUUGUCCCUGCACCCCUCUUACUUCCGCCAUACUCCCUGAGCAGCCUAUUCACGAAUCGCUAUUUCCUGUCAGUUCCAACUUCGCUAUGGAGGCCCCCGCAGUUCCCGUACAUGCCAUGGUGGUUGAUGAUGCCGCCGAUGAAAUACAACAAACUCAACUAGAACAAGCCACUCAACCACUGUCCCAAGAUGGUAUGCCAGUGCCCCCGCCGGAUAAUCAUCUUUGGGGUUUCCUCAUUCCAUGCAACCCUGCUAUGGCCCGUAUCGACUUGUAUCGAAAGUAUCCUGUCGUCAAGGUUGGACGAAACUCGAGCAAAGACGUAGGGAAUCACGUUGUUUUGCCCGGAUUGAAAAUCAGCAAUAAGCACUGUGAAAUCAAAUGGGAUGAGAAUGAUUCUCGCAAGUCCAUAAUCACUGUGGCGGACUUGUCGAGCAAUGGUACUUUCAUAAACGGCGAGAAGAUCGGUAAAGGUCGCCAUGGAAUUCUCAAGGAAGGCGCUGAGAUCGCGUUUGGGAGUGCAGUACCCCAGUCACCCGAUCUUGCACAACAAGACUACCGCUACGUUUUCCGUCUGUUGGCUGGUGGUCCGCCACCCACGGGCCUUCAUGCACAUUACAGUAUCACGCAUGAACUUGGCAAGGGCGCAUUUGCAACUGUCAUGAAGGCCAUGAGCAAGGAGACGGGCCACUUCUACGCCAUCAAGAUGAUCCAGUCUAACAAACUUCGCGCAGCUCUCACUCAUGGUGGAUCUUUCGCAUCGGAUGGGGACCAGAAACCAAAGCCGACCGAACAAUUCGCGAGGGAGAUUUCCAUCUUAGAACGACUAAAGCACCCGAAUAUCUGUCAGUUGAAGGAGGUGUUCUUCGAAGAGGCUAACAUUAGCCUAGUUUUGGAAUGGGUCCCAGGCGGUGACCUACUGGAUUACAUCAUGCGCCGAAAUGGGCUUCCUGAAGAGGAGGUCAGAUAUCUGACAUAUCAGAUAUGCGACGCCAUGGCCUACAUCCACGAACAGGGUAUCGCUCACCGGGACCUCAAGCCGGAGAAUAUUCUUCUCACCACUGAUGUCCCUCCUCGCGUCAAGGUCGCUGACUUCGGGCUCGCGAAGGCUGUAGACAGCUACACUAUGCUUCGCACUAUGUGCGGCACGCCUGCCUAUCUUGCACCAGAGGUCGUAUGCCAAGAAGAGCAGGUAGGAUAUCAGAGUGUUGUCGACAGUUGGAGCGUUGGUGUUGUUGUGUUUUGCAUGAUCACGAAUACGUCUCCCUUCGUUGAUCCAACAAACAUUACUGAUGUGAAGCUGCAAAUUAAAUUCCGUAUCGUCGAGUGGUCUGUUCUCAAGGGUCUCAAGGCCUCGACAGAAUGUGAGGAUUUCAUUAGAAAGUUAUUAGAACGGCAUCCGGAACGCCGCAUGACCCUUACGGAUGCACGGAACCACCCAUGGUUGCGUGGCCUCAAUCCCAACCCUGGCGCGCAGUAUGUUCAUCCUCCCCGGACUCCUACACCAGAGCCAGAUUCUGAUAGGGAGUUUCAUGACUCUAGGGACCUUUCCAUGCGGUCCCCAUCCCGUGAUGAUAUGUCUAUGGACGAAGAUCAACCUUCUUCUCAACCCGAUGAAUCGUCUCUAAAUGAGGCCGGAUCACAGCGUACAGGUGGACGCCUUGUACGCCGUCGCCAAGUCAUCGAUGAAGCUGCGGAGAAAGGCGAGUCUCUUCCGGAGCCCUCUCAGGAGAUGCUUCGCCAUGCAGAACAAGAGAACGCGAAGUACUACACCGGAACUAAACAGAGUCGACCCAACAAGCGGAAGGUUGGCGAGCAUUUUGACGAGUCGCUUACACCUAUGCCUGAGGCCAAUGAGGAAGACGAUGAAGAGCAAGAGGAGGACAUAGACGAGAAUAUGUCUAUUCUUUCCCCGCUUCCGGUAAACACAAGGGCGAAGAGAGCGAAAGCCCAGACUGGUGGUGAUGUUAACAUGUCUCCGGCGAAAGCGACGAAGGGCAGGGGCGGUGGCCGGGGAGGAAAAGGUUCUACUCGAGGCAAGCAGGCGCAUGCUGGAAUGUCCGAAGUUCCUGAGGAAGAAGGGUCGAAGCCUCGACGAUCCUCGCGGAUAAGUCAAACUCCGCAAAAGGCCCUAGGUAACUAAAUGAACACGGAUAAAACACGAAGCUCUGUUGCAUCCUGUCUUCAGGAUGGGAAAAUGGGUUAUCGUCCCUCCGAUCUCUAGACUCUUUUUCUUGGUUUCCUUUGUACAUUUUAGGCUUGUUUCGUGUGCAUGCUCUGGGAAAGAUGACACCCAGUCCCAUUGUCCCUUUUGUGUUAUUGUUCUUUGAUCUACUUGCAUAUCUCGCUCUGUCCCUCUUUUAUGCAUACCAUAUGAUAGGAUAUCCCAUCUCCAAUACCUGUUCAUUACCGUGCUGUAUUCUGUUACCCAAUCCGAUGUACUUUUUUAGAUCCUUCCUUGGGCUGGACCCGCCGAAGCUAUCUUGUGAGACAUUCAGGCUUAAGCUUACUGUGCCAAACCUAACUUUCUCCGAC